AUAUUUCUUUCAAUCUGAUUGUCAAAAAUCAUCAGCAAUUUCGGUAGGCAGCGAAGUUUUUCGCAUCAAAGUUUGGCCACCAAGAAGAUUUUAAAUAUAUUCCGAGCUUCGAAAACUACGAGUUUUGAAUAAAAAUUUUCAAAAUGAUGAACGCCGUUUCACGUGCUUAUCUACGCGCUGGUAGCCAGACCGUCUCCAACGCACUCAAACCAGCAGCGGUAGCAACCACUCAGGCUCAACGCAGUGCACAUACUGAUUUGCAAGUGCCUGACUUCUCACCCUAUCGUCGUGAUGCUGUCAGUUCACCCAACCGCAAGGACGACUCUGCAGAGAGUCGUAAGGCGUUCUCAUACAUGCUGAUCGGUGCUGGUGCUGUCGGCAGUGCUUACGCAGCUAAAGGCUUAGUAACUGCAUUCGUCAGCUCGAUGAGUGCAACCGCUGAUGUUUUGGCCAUGGCGAAAAUUGAAAUUAAACUGAGUGAUAUCCCAGAGGGCAAAUCAGUCACAUUCAAAUGGCGUGGUAAACCAUUGUUCAUUCGUCAUCGUACAGCUGGAGAAAUCCAAACCGAACGCUCAGUACCCGUUUCAACAUUGCGUGAUCCCCAAGGCGAUGAUCAACGCGUUAUCAAACCAGAAUGGUUGGUCGUAAUUGGAGUCUGCACACAUUUGGGAUGUGUACCAAUUGCAAAUGCUGGUGAUUUUGGUGGUUACUAUUGCCCAUGUCAUGGUUCCCACUACGAUGCCUCUGGCCGCAUCCGUAAAGGACCAGCUCCAUUGAACUUAGAAGUACCCGCUCAUGUAUUCCCCGAUGAUGGCACUUUGGUCGUUGGUUAAGCAUGUUACAAGAUUAGUUAAAUAGAAAAAAACCCGAAGUGUAAAGUGUAACCAUAAUUUAAAAUCAAUAAAAAAUAGUGAGGCAAAUGUGAUUGAUUGCUAACCAACUAGACGAGAUUCACUGAAAACGAA